UUUUUUUAUUUUGUCCUGCAGGCAGUGGACUGAUAGGGAACUCCUCUGCCUCCUUCAUGGGAACGUUUCUGGCCAGCAGUCUGGGCUCUCCUCCCUCACACCCCAGUGGACCCCCAUCAUCCCCCUCUUCACCGCCCUAUCGCUCUGGACCUCACUCCACAGCCCCAUCACAGAUCUGGUUCCCACACUCACAUGAAGCCCCAGGGUAUCCCCGCUUUUCAGGGAGUCUAGCCCCCACCUUCCUACCCAUGAGCCCCCUGGAUCACCAUGGCAACAGCAGCGUACUCUAUGGACAGCACCGCUUCUAUGACUCUCAGAAAGAUUUCUAUCUUCGAAGCCUCCCGUCGCAGCCCCACCUUCUCUCCACAAAUCACAGCCUCCCACCACUAUCUAGGACUGCCCACCCACUGGACUCCUGCAGUCGUGAGAGGGAACCUGGGAGCACAGCUUCCCAAAAGAGCUCCAAAGAGACGGGUGUAGCGGAGCGAAGAGUUGCACCCGGAGGAAAAGAAAAAGAAAAGAGUAAACAAGAGUCCAAGCAGGAUCGGCAACAUCAUGGUCCUCCCACUCUUCACCACCACCACCAGCAGCACCCUCAAGGCCUAGAAGAGGACUUCCGGCACAAAGACGACCCUAAGCAUUUUAGUUCCUGCCUGCUUAGCACCAAGACCCAGAAUGGCUCUGAUCCAGGGGCCACCACCAGGGGCUCCCUGCCCAGUUGUGUGGGGCCAGGGGCCUCUGGUCUGGGGACUGGCCGGCAGACAAGUGGAGACAGUCACUGUUGCAAGGAGGGUGUCAGUGGAGAGAUGCGAAUUAGUGAGCCACACUCAGACUGUCUUCGCCACAGUGCCAUGCUGGGCCAUGCCCACCCAGUGCCCUACUCAAUACCCCCACCCCUGGGUCUAGGCUCUGCCUUAGGAGGAUCCUGGCUGCACCCAAGUCAUCCGCACCAUCAUCAUCCUCAUCAUCCCCACCCUGAUCUCUUCUGCCCACCACCCCCUGCUCCACUAAUCAUGCCCACUGCUCAGGAAAAGAGCCUUGGCAGGGACUCUGAGGUGACAGGACCUACCUUUGUGCCCUCUGUGGGGCCACAGGGAGACAAAACCAGUGGACCGUUCCAGCUGGGGAACCCUCACUGUCGAGGUGUGGGAGGUGGGAUGGUCGCGGUUGGGGGCAGGGUGGGGAAAGAAAUGAAAACUCCUGAGAGGAGUAGCAGUGGGAGUCGAGUAGCUACCCUACUGCCUCCUCCGAGUAGCUGCCAAAGAAAAUCUUCCCAGCAGCAACAUGCAUAUGGCAAAACAGACAAGAGCCCAGACUGGCCCUUGGGCCCCCAUUCACGCACAAACGAGGUUCAGCACAGUCAGAAUCAGCAUCCCCACUCAUCACGUUCUUGUAACUUGGACAGCAGUGAGGAAUCUGAUGCCUUCCGUCCCUCUCUGCCACAGGGGACAAAGGGUGGGCACCAAGCUAAGAGUAGCAUUUAUGCCAGCACUCCACCUUUCCGGGACUGUUCCCACUCAGGUCCAUCGAACAGGGCAUCAUCUGAAGGUAAAGGUGCAACAGAUGUUGAGUGUACUCUUCAGAGGAACAGUCAAAGAGUUGCACGGAUACGUCAUCAGCAGCACAGUAACAGGGCUAGCAAUGGUGGACAGGGUCCAGAGUUGGAGCCUGGCAACAGCACACAAGACAAGAGAAAGAUGGACAUGGAAUCGACAUCACAGGGUUACAGUGGGCAUCAGACCAGCACUCAUCCCUCCUGGGAGGUGCGAGGACACCGUGCUCAACCGGAUGAAGAACCGCACAAGGCUUACAAUUCUCUGGGUUCUGCUUCCCAGACUUCACAUGGGGACCAAGGGUCUCUUCCCCCUCUAACUGCCCCACAGGAGGCCACACUGGGCCCCCAAGGACCUGAAGGCAAUCCCAUGAGUAGUCUGAUGAAGUAUAGCAGCCAGCAACCACUGCUGUUCUCUCAGAAGAGCCCAUUUGGUGGCCUGGGCUGCCUCAAGCAGGGGGCAGUUACUGGAGAGAAGAGCGAGAGGAACGAGAAAAAUGACAAAAAUGGAAGUGGUUCGAGCUGUGCUCUGCAGGAAUCAAAGCAGAACCUGCCCCCUAGGAGAGCCUCGUCGUCUGGGGAGAAUGAGCGCUCUGAGCGGGCAGGCAAGGACUCAGGGGAAGCUCAGGGGGAGGGAGAGGUGCGACAGCCCCCUGUAGGGAUAGCGGUGGCCGUUGCCAGGCAGAGAGAGCCCCCGUGCCGCCUGCCAGACGGGCAUCCCACCCACAGCCACCAUAGCAGAGUGAUGCCCAGCAUGAAGGGUGUUGGAUGUCCAAUGUACUCACUGGAGCGGGAAGUGGAUGAAGAUGCGAAAAGAGUCUGUGAGGAACAGCUUGGACUUUCUGCAUAUGACAGAGAGCGAGAAUUCCUCCUCAGGGAAAACAAAGACAGAGUUGACUUUGCCAGGAUCCACCCCUCCAGUAGUUGCCAUGGAGAUCUGACCUCACACCUUAUUGUGCCAGGCGGUAGCCAAUUAGGCACUGAGCCCUCUGCUCACGCCCACCCCGCCCAUCAUCACUGGAUGCCUCGGACAGGAAGUCCCUCCCUCUGGAUGGGACACUCUUAUGGUCUCAGUCAUGCAGCAUUGCACCAGAACUUGGGCCCCGGCUUCUCUGCAACUAUGCCCAGCCCUUUGCAACCAGUCUUGCCCCUGCCUCAGGACCCUUCCGCCGCCCUGGUGGUAUUACCUACUGAGCCAGCAGCCCACCCUGCUACCCAUCACCUUGAUGUAAUGGAGCAGCAGGGACUGUGGCCCCCUGUUUACGGAGCCCGAGGGCCCGCCUCACACAUGCAGCAUCCUGCUGUCUAUUCCCGCUCCCAGUUUCUACGGCAACAGGAGCUCUAUGCGCUGCAGCAACAUCAGCACCAGCAGCACCGCGCAGCACAGGCGAUGGAGCUGGCGCACAGACACAGUCACUCACAGAGGAAACCUGAGGAUCCCCCCAUCGAUCUGGUUGAGAGAUCGUCUGAGCUCCGCACAUCCAAGCACACUAAGCCUUUCUCCGUUGGCCCAACUGCUAAACCGCCCCCCUCCUCCUCAUCUCCAGGGGGGUGCGCUUCUCGUCUUUCACCCUGCUGUCGCUCGCCCGCCCCACGAUCCCACCUCAAGAGUACGCCCUGCACGCCUUGCCCUGAGCCCAGCCCGGCCGUGGCUGCCCCUCGCUCCCCAGCGCUCAGUCCUCAUGCCACCCCCCACCACUUGCCAAAACCUGCAGAGUCCCAGGACAAGAGGGGCGAGGGCCAGCCACCACAGGACUACCCUCAGUCCCUGGAGCCUGAUCUCCCUCCUGGCUACACUUACCCUGCCAUCGCAAUGGGUUACAAAGGUGGCCCCUCCCCUCAAGAAGUCCAACUGGCUGAGCAUGCAGACUUGGAGGCGGAGCAAGCGGAACCAGCUGAACCUGCACCCCAGCCCCACCCCCUAUCUCCCAAAGGGGAGGAGCCUGUGUGCCACACUGGAGUGGGAUCUCCUACUAGAACAUCCCGGGAGGUGGAGGAUGUAGAAGAGGAGGGAGGAGUUAUAGAAGAAGAUGGACAGGUGGAUGCCACUCUCUCACAAACUUCUCUUUGCCCUGUCACUGACUCUACCAUAGCAGACCCCCGUCCAGACAGAGCGACUGUGAUCCCCAACAGCCAGGCAAGUGGAAUAGAGAGUCCAGCACCAGCUGAAGACAACAAGAAGCAGGUUGAGGAGCUACGAGACUCAGCUGUGACUUCCACCCAGGAUUGUCAGUCUGUGGAACUUACUGAGCAGGAUCCAGAGAGGACUGCUGAGGAUGAGUGCAUGUCAGCCAGUGACUCAGCCUCGCCGCCUUUCUCCCCCUGCCCCGUGCCCUCUGCCCUGGGGAAUCAGUAUCCUGGGAGCUGCAUUUGGAGCCUGGAGCUCCUUAUCGCAGCAGCGUUGUGUGCCACUCGAGAUGCCCAUAUGGCAGCCCCUGUGCCUGUCUCUGGGAACGCGGUGGCCCCAAAUUAUGGUAUAGAGUUACUGAGUGAACUGGCAGAGCUGGAGCGAUCCCAACAGCAGAGGAACAACACUGAAGAGAACAGAGAAGACGACAUGUUGACCUUUGACCUCCAAAGUUUGGCAACCCUAGCUGCUGCCCGGGCCUUGGAACUGGUCCCACCCAUACCAGUAGACUCAACUCCACCCCUUCGCAAAAUCCUCAAUCUGCGCAGGAAGUGCAAGUGGACGCCACGUCCCGAACCGGUGUGUCCUGUUAAGGGUACCAUGGAAACGCUGGACCGGGAGGAGCUAGCGAUGCGUGUGCGGCUGGCAGAACUGCAGCGGCGUUACAAGGAAAAACAGAGGGAGCUGGCCAAGCUACAGAGAAAACAUGACCACCAGAAAGAGGAGACCUCACGCAGUCCGGCUCGUCGAGGACCCGGAAGGCCAAGGAAGCGCAAGUCCACAUCGGCACCCCCUAUCCCCACAGACGGUCCUAAAAAAGUCAAGUCGACUGGAGCAGGGGCGGGGCCAGGCCUGCUUACGGCACAGGACUCGACUGGAGGCGGAGACAGGAAGAGGAAGAAGAGGAGGAUGACCAGUAGCCCUUACCACCAUCUCAGCAGCACAAAGGCUCACUGUAGGCCAAGAGGCAGGCCAAGACUGCUCAGCACAAAGUUUAAACAGAAAGCUUGCUCACAGCUGAAGCAGAAAGCCAAAGCCAAGCGUGGAUCGAGACUGGUGAACUUGUUGUGUCACAGAGAAACCAAAACACCAAGCGCAAUUACAGAACAUAUGUCUCGAGAGCACGGUGGAAAAGAAGAACACACACAUAGUAAUAAAACUGGAGAGCACAGGGACACAGCAGGCAGCGGAGCAGCAGUCCACCAGGGAUCGGAUGGGAAGGGGACUAUGAUGAGAAGAGGUGUGAGGUCAAAGGCCAUUCUGAGCUCCUCACUCCUGCCAACCCGAACUCAGCAGCUGCUAUGCAAUACAGCUGUGACCGAUAGCAAGCUAGAAGCUACCGAGAAGGGCAUCUCUCCCUCUGACAGUGACACAGAGGAGGAAGAUGACGGCAUCUAUGACAGCGAGGAAGGGGCAGAGGGCAUCAAGAAUCUAUCAUCUAAAGAGCAACUGUCUGGAGUCGGCCGUCCUUCACAGUGCUCUAUCGUGAAGCUUGAGGCCAAUCAGAAAGCCAAGAACAAAACGGAAAGACAAGGAAUCGGGUCUAUGAAUGUGUCCAUCGCUAAAGAAGAGGUGAAGAGAAGGAAGGCCCCCUGUAGGCGGACCCUGGUCAGUGUUGACCAUUACCACUCGGAACUGGAGGAGGAGAGGAGAUUGACUGGCCCCAAGUGGAAAGAAGGGUCAAGGGAGAACACCUUUGACCACACUAGGGUUCUCAAGACCUCACCUACUCAACGAGAAAAGACCACCAGGAAGAGCGCUGUGCUUCUUGGAAAGAGGAAAAGCUGUUGGUUGGAAGCACUGUCUUCUCAGUAUGAUGACAUCACUUGGAGCAGACGAAUCAGAAACAAGCAGCAGGCUAAGGGGCGAGCAGUUAGUCGUUUGCUAGAGAGCUUUGCUGCCGAUGAGGGAUUCCAGAUGGAUGACGACAGCAGCUUCUCAGAGGGAGAGGAAGAAGAAGAGGAGGAGGAGGAAUCCGAGCCAAUGGGGAGUGGACUACAGGCCCUGCCCAACUGCAUUCUCACCAAAGAAAUCCUGAGGGACGGGCUGAAAGUGUUAAUCUCAAAAGAGGACGAGUUACUGUAUGCUGCCUAUGUACAUACACUGGACCUACCUGAUAUCUAUAGUGUUGUUGUUGAAGGAGAGCGCAGAAACAAGCAGAGGAUCUACUCUCUGGAGCAGCUGCUUCAGGAAGCGGUUUUAGAUGUGCAGCCUGAGACGCUGGAAAUUCUGAUGGCUGGAACAAGAGUGUGUGCUUACUGGAGUGAACGUUCCCGCUGUCUGUAUCCUGGAUAUGUCCGUAAAGGAAGUGCAGGCGAAGAACAGAAGGAGGGCUGCAUCAUGGUAGAGUUUGACGAUGGAGACCGGGGUUGGAUUUCUCUUUCGAACAUUCGCCUGCUUCCACCAGGCUACCAAAUCCACUGUGCAGAACCAUCACCAGCCCACCUGGUCUCACCUAGCUGCCGCAGAAGGAAGACCUCCACUCAAGAGAAGAUGACUCAACAGGCUGAUGUGUCCUUAGAGUGUUCCGUUAACGCAGAGCACAGGAAGAAUGUUGUGAAAGCUAAGCCAGGAAGGCCCAAAUCCGUCAAUGCAUCAUCAAAGAGCUGUGUAUCUGAGAACGUGACUGAAACCGCUUCCCCUCUUCUUGGCUGGCCGGUUGCUGCCAUGUCCAGGAGGAAACCCUCCAUGGAUUUGUUCCAGUUUAAUGGGUUAACAAAGAAAGCUCUAAGGGGAAAGGAGUCAGACAUGUUCCCCUUACUUAGCUCCACCAUGACCACUCCAGCCAAAGGCAUCUUCAGCACUUCCUUUGAGGUGGACUCCUUCAGCAGCAUUGCAAAUGGUUGUACUUCCUUUGGAAAUCAGCAGUUGGCAACAGGUCUGCCUCUUAGUCACAAAGGCAUCCCUGGUUUACGGGGUAGAAAGUCGGGAGACAGGAAGGAAUUUCUGGUCAAACUGGACCAUGAAGGGGUAACGUCCCCCAAGACAAAGAACGGAAAAGCAUUGUUGCUUCUUGGAAACCCAGAGGUGCAAAGAAGUGGACGGAUGGAAAAGGGCUUUGGAGCCAAAGGAAUAGGAGAACUGACCUCAACAAUGGGCUACUCACAGUCCGUUCUUCUAGUCAAAGAUGCCAAAAGGAACAGUUGCCAUCUCCUCAAAAGUUCCUCAGACAUGCGUAAGCACCCUCAGGGUCUCGGGCUUAGUGAAUAUGCAGAUUAUGGGCCAAACUGCCACAGCGACUGCCUAAGCUCCUAUUCAGAUAUGGAUGAAGAUGAGGAAGAAGAUGCUAGAAGGGCGACUAUGCGCAGCUCUGGACACUUUCUAUCUCGUAUUUCUGUUUCAUCGUCAUCCUCAGGGUCCUCCAGCGCAUCUAGUUCAGGCUCAUUGUCCAGCUCUAGCAUUUGUUCAUCUGACAAUGACUCAUCCUAUAGUUCGGAUGAAGAAGAAGCAUCCCGCCUUCUGCUUCAGAGUUGCCUUUCUUCACAUCAUACAUUGAUCCAACAGCAGCAGCAUCCUGAACCUCCCACCGCCCCACCACGACACACUUUCGGAGCCAAAACAAUGUCUAUCUCUAAUUCAAAAACUUCAGUCAGUAGUAGUACAGGAAAACCUCAGAGGAGAAAGGAGAUUGCCAACAACUCUUCCUCUGUAGUACAGUCCAAAUCUUCCAAAGCCUUCCCUAAAAAACAUAAGAUACCAUCUUCAGAGGGUCCACCCAACUCAUCCUCAUUCAUGCCAGGACGGCAACUGUGGAGGUGGUCUGGGAACCCCACUCAGAGACGGGGUUUGAAAGGAAAAGCCCGGAAGCUCUUCUACAAGGCCAUUGUUCGGGGGAAAGACACCGUCCAAGUUGGCGACUGUGCAGUCUUCCUCUCGGCUGGUCGGCCCCAUCUCCCAUUCAUUGGUCGCAUUGAGAGUCUUUGGGAAUCCUGGUCCAGCAACAUGGUGGUCAAAGUAAAGUGGUUCUACCACCCCGAGGAGACCAAGCUUGGAAAAAGGCAUCGGGAUGGGAAGCAUGCCUUGUACCAAAGUUCCCAUGAGGAUGAAAAUGACGUCCAAACCAUCUCCCAUAAGUGCCAGGUGGUAAGCCGAGCUGAAUAUGAGCGUCUGAUCCAUAUCAGAAAACCGAACAGCAACAGUCAAGAUCUUUACUACCUGGCUGGAACCUACGACCCCACCAGUGGCCAACUGGUGACGGCUGAGGGAGAGUCGAUCAUCUGUUAACGUUAGAAAAUGGCUGAAAGCACUACUGAAAUUGUGAGAUACAAGAAAUGGCUGAUAAUCAUGCCAAUCUUACAAAACUAGCAUGAUGUGGAAAGUGAGUGUAACCCGCAACCAUGGACUAACAGUAUAUUAUUGAACAGAUCGUGGGGAGGACAACUCGUGGUGAUCGCUCUGUGAAGGUUCCACAGACAUGGAAUGAUUUUUUUUUAUCUUUAAGUGAAAAAGGCACUGGACUCGUUCAAAGUAGGAUUAGACUGACAAACAUGAAUCGGGGCUGAAAAACAUUGACUGUGUUUUUGGUUUGUGGAAGGUUCUUUCAGAAAGAUCUUCACUGGUCAAGCACGUCAAACUGAUGUCCCCAGGACUUUUUGAUAUCCCAGCAGGACCAAAUACACUGUUACUUUGAGCUGUGGUAUGAUCUGUUUGUUUGUGUGUUUGCGUGAAUGAGAGGGUCAUUUUUUGCCGUAUGCAAAUAUGUGAACAACCAUGUUUGUAUGUAGAGAUCAGCCACAAAAAAUACAAACAAAAGAAACAGGAAUGGGUGUUAACCUGGAGAUUAAAGGCCUAACUGGUGUUUUAAAUUGAAUAAUGCUCUCAUAUGUGUUCAGUCUUAUGACCUCUUUUGACAAUACCAGGGAUUUUUUUAUUGUUCUUUUCUUGUUCAUUUUGGCGCCAAUGUCAAUUUAUUAAUAAGUCGGUUUAUGAGCAAACAAAAAACAAACACAGACUAAAACAAAAGGAAUGAUUUUUCCAGUCAAGCCAUACACUUCUGUACCUCUUGCGUAUCUUCUCAUUCAGGUGUAUAGUUGUACAAUUGAUUUAGUUGAUGUGUGUAAAUAUAUAAAUAUAUAUAAAAAACUACAAACUGUAAAUAUAAUAUAAAUGAAGAGAGAACUCUGUUCCUCUUUAUUGCUCUUGAUUGUGUUAUUUUUUUAAGAUAAAAUAACUGUUCUGAUUGGGAGGUUUUUUUCGGGGACAGGCAUGAUUUGGGAGAGUUACAGAAUACCCUCUUCACUGUUGUAUAGGAGGGAAGGGAGGGUUGGGAGACGUUCUGCUUACGGAGCAAACGCUAAAACUGACACAAUGCAGUCCAGUCAGAGGAAACAGGCUGUCUGUGUUCACUCUUUCAUCUUUUCUUUUGGAGUUUGAUUUUGCCUUUGAAAUAAUGGUUUGUUUCUAUUGCAUUUCAUCGUCUAUGUGUGAUCUAAUUGGUAACAAAUUGUGCAAAAAGUUAACACUCCAUAGUUAAAAGUCCCAUGUCCGUAUAGCACAUGUGGAGGUGGUUUUACCAUCCAGAAAUUCAUUUUAAAUACUUACUGAAGGAAUCUGGCCUCCAAAAUAUCAAACCAAAGUAUGUCCUUGGAAUUACUAUACUUCCAGCUGCAAUAAAUAUGUAGACUGAAUCAUAAACAAGGGGCACUUGCAAUGUUUUUGCCUGAUGUAAUUUAGAUGACUGACAACUACGUUUGCAGAUAACCUUUUAAAUGCAUUUGUGUUUAAAAAACAGCUGAAAUAAUGAUCUCUCACAAUAUUUUAGCAAUGUUGUAGCAAAGUGUGGGCCAAGGAUUUUAUGUCUGCAAGGAGUGGGUAUGGAAAUACAAAGCGUGAACAGACGCUUCCAGCACUUGAAGCCUCCUGCUGUCCUGUGUCACGUGAUCAUGAAGGACAAUCAUAACCUGUAAGUGAGGGCAGUUUAAAACAGAUAUAAUCUAAAAUAUUGCCUCUUGUCACUUUUUCUUCCUGCUUUGCCAAAAAAUUGUUCUGUUUGUUUUGUUAUAUUUUCCAUUGUCAACGUUAUACUCUUAUUUGUUCAAUAUGCAAGCCUGUACAGAUUGUUCCGUGUUGGAAUUGUGAAAAAGGACAGAUAUGCCUUUCAAUCCUAAAGGAUGACUUACUUUUUUAAGGACAUUGUUGCUGUUACACUGCAGAAGCUAAAGCUUUAAGAAAUCUGAUGUGAAAAUAAAUGUAAUGUCACUUUCUGGGUCUAUAAAAAAAGAAAAAUGGUAUUUUUGUAAACAAACACUGGAUUCAACGCUUGAUAUGGUAGGACUGGCACCACCAGCAUGCCAGGAAGUUGGCCAAGUCUCAAAGGAAAUAGAAUCAUUGUGUAACCUGAAUUUGAGACCCACUUGGAACUGAUUUUUACGGUGGAUGUUCUUUUUGACAUUGUGAGGAAUAUAACUCUUAAGAUAUUUCCACUGUUAAAACAUGUUAUUUAUCUUAAUUUUAUUGCAUUCGUGUUGCAUUUAAUUAAAACAAUUCUAAAUUA